AUGCCUGCUUCUGCGAUCCCUCAAGGCUCUGUCGUCCUUGUCACCGGUGUCAAUGGAUACAUUGGGUCCCAUACCGUCGACCAGCUUCUAUUCGCGGGCUACAAGGUCCGCGGAACGGUUCGCGACCCCUCUCGAGCACGAUGGGUCCAGGCACUCUUCGACCAGAAGUACGGCUCUGGAAAAUUCGAGCUCUUCGUCGUACCCAAGAUGAAUGUGGACGGAGCUUUUGAUGAGGCCGUGAAAGGUGUCAGUGGUGUAGUCCAUGUUGCGUCGAACACAUCCCUCUCGCCCGACCCAAAUGCGGUUAUUCCCGAAGUGAUCAACGGCGCUGUUGGUAUUCUCAAAUCUGCCUCGCGCGAAUCUUCCGUCAAACGCGUUGUCUACACCUCAUCCUCCGUAACCACCGGAUUCGUGCUACCCAACACCCCCGUUAUCACGACGCAUGACUCUUGGAACGAUCUCGCCAGCACGCUUGCGUGGGCGCCUCCUCCGUAUGAAGCCGAGAGGAAGUGGAUCGUGUAUGCGGCGAGCAAGACGGAGGCGGAGAGAGCUUGCUGGAAGUUCGUCGAGGAGGAGAAGCCCAGAUUUGAGUUCAACACCGUGCUGCCGAGUGUAAACUUCGGGGCACCGUUGCAUGAGGGCCCGGCGUCGGAGACUUUGAUCUGGCUGAAGACCCUGGUGAAGGGAGACUUAGAGGCUGCGAAGAAGGAAGGAUUGGCACCUAACUGGUUUAUCGAUGUCAGCGAUUCCGCGCGUCUUCACGUCGCUGCUCUGGUCAACCCGACCGUCAAAUCUGAGCGGGUUUUCGGGCACUCGCAGCCUUUUAAUUGCAGCGACGUCCUCGACAUCCUGCGCAAGGCGUACCCCGACCGCUCGUGGCCCUCGAAUAUACCCGAUGAGCCAAGAGAUCUCAGCGCCAUCGAGAGGAGGGAGCGUAGCCUGGAGUUAUUGAAAGGCUUGGGAAGGGACGGCUUUAUUUCGCUGGAGGACUCAGUGAAGUCUGUCGGUGCUCCUGCUAUUUGA